UGGGGAAGAAUAAACCUCAGUUAAAAGGGACUGGAACAUUUCUGAAACUGACUACUAAAACUGGCAGCUCUUUAACCAUCUUUGUGUUUUUGCAAGGACCCUACCCACACCAACCUCCUUACUGUUACUAUUUCCUGUGGCAGGGGAUACACAUAUGUACGUGUAUGCGAGUAAUUGAUCACCAAUGUUUUGUCGGAUCGUGUGCUGUCUUGUACCAGUCAUGUGGUUGGUUUCUGCCUUAGAUGAGAAUUGUCUAGGACUUCCCACAGUGGACAACAGCGUAUUUGUUGCAAAGGAGGUGGAAGGACAGAUUCUGGGGACUUACUUUUGUAUCAAGGGCUACCACCUGGUAGGAAAGAAAACCUUUCUUUGCAAUGCCUCUGAGGGAUGGAACAUGUCCACCACCGAGUGCCGCUUGGGCCACUGUCCUGACCCUGUGCUGGUGAAUGGUGAAAUUCAGUUCGUCAAGCCUGUGAAUAUAAGUGACAAAAUCACAUUUAAGUGCAAUGAUCACUACAUCCUCCGGGGUAGCAGUUGGAGCCAGUGCCAAGAAGACCACAGCUGGGCACCUCCCUUUCCCAUCUGCGUAAGCAAAGACCAUCGCCCUCCUGGAGAUACAGCCCAUGGAUAUUUUGAAGGAAGAAAUUCCACCUCAGGGUCUACCAGUUCGUCCUGUGAGGAAAGGUACCACCUAGAGGGCCUACAGAAGCAGCAGGACAUUGACGGGGACCAGGGCAGUAUACUUCCCUGUGAGAGGAUCCACAAACCAGGUUUACAGACUGGGUUUGAGAAGGCACUGGAGAGGAAGGAUCCUUGCAGUGCCAUAAAGAACUUUAUGAAAAGAUUAAAGGAAAGUGGUUCAACAAUUGAAGAAUUAAAAUAUUCUCUGGAGAUGCAAAAAGCUGAGUUGGAGGCAAAACUAUGGCAAUAUAAUAGCUGAGCAGGCUGGUAAUACAAAUACACCUAUGAAUAAAUUUUUCUCUUGGUUCUGAAA